AUGAAUAUGUUAUGUUUUAUUCUAUUUAUUAGUGUCGUUAUGUCAAAGUCAUUAGUUGUUGACCUUGUGAAAGGUGUAGAUGGAGAUCCUGUAUUCUUUAUGUCAUUAGAAUUUGGUAAAUGUUAUUAUCUUGAUGACUCAGAGUCAGAAAUUAUUACACACGAUGGUGAUAAAAUUACAAUUGAUUAUUACACUGAAUCAUCAUCAUGUUCAGGAAAGAAAGAAACUGAUACAUUUUAUUUAAAUGAUAAAGACUUUAAAGAAGAAAUUUGUGAUGAAGAUGAUUGUGUUGCUGCAAUUAAAAAAGCACCAAAACACAUUGGGUUUGAAGGAAUUGAUGAUGAUGAAAAUUGUUCUCAUCGUGAUGAAACAAUUAGAAUUUAUUAUACUGAUCAAUGUUAUAAAUCUGAUGGUAAAUAUUGGAAUUAUGAAGUUGAAGAUGGAUGGAUGUAUUCAAAUUCAUAUCCAAAUGAUAAAUGUAAUACUAAAGAAAGAAUAGAGCAUAACAAAGAAUGGGAAUGUGAUAUUUGUCAUGAUGAUACAAUGCAACAAUGUGGAACAAUUUCAACAAUGAUAACAUUUGUUGUCAUCAGUAUUUUUGCAUUAAUUCUUUAA